AUGGGAUGGAUACGUUACAUCCUUUCUGCUUUAGAAGAUAUAGAUUAUAGCCAACAGUCAUCAAAACUUCUACUUGUUGUCGUCUUCUUUGUUACAUACGCCAUCGGUUUUGUUAUUUCUGGACUAUUUUCGACAUCAUCAACAACGUACGUCAAUCUAUCGAAAAAGGAACAAAUAUUUUGGAAUUCAGGAUUUGUUCGUUCGUGCUAUACAAUAGUCUGUGUAGGGGUCUGUUUACGGUGUUUAUUUGUCGAUAAAGAACUCCAAGAAAACGUAAUGUACGAAACAACACCGACCAGUUUUAUCAUAGUUAUCUCAGCUCUUGGGUUUUUUGUUUUUGAAUGUACUGUUUUAACAUUUUCUGACAUCAGUAAUAGAAAGUUUAGUUUCCUAUUACAAAUCCAUCAUUGGAUAGGUUUGCUUAUUUUGUUACAACUAGUUUUACAUAACGUUGGCCACUUUUUCGCUGCGAGGUUGUUACUUUUGGAAUUGAGUGCGCCUUUUACCUUUACAUGCUGGAUAUUACUGAAAUUUGGGAAAGGAAACACGACUAUAUGGAAACUAAACCAAUGUUUAUUAGUACACGUUUACCAUUUUCGAUCUUUUAUAGAAAUCACAUUUUGCUAUUACGUAUUUUUCAAAUACCGAAAUGAUCUGCUCUCCGAGUUAACAGUACCAGUGUAUCUACUUAGUUGUACAUAUGCGUUGUUGCUUACUUUUGUGUUGACACCUUACUGGACAUAUAAAAAGACGACACAACUAUUUAUACGAAAGGAUUUUGAGUUCAGUGAUUCCACCAACCAAACGCAGUUAAAUGGUCACGUGAAGAAAUGUGCUUAAUACAAGAACAUUCUAAAGAGGAUUUUGUUAUUAACGUUGUCGGGACUGUGCUAAAUGGAAAAGAAUAAAAGAAAGAGAUGGAAAAUUUUAGAGUAUUUUAAAUUGAAAUCUUAGUAGAUCCCUGUUGCAUAUUUAUGUUUGUUGAAGAUUGAUGCAAUCCAAACGGACUAUACCAGUUAUGUCUUUAGAUUUGAACUAUGGAAUUAUUGGAUUACACUAACUAUAAACUGAAAGACAAAAAAAAAAAACAAAAACA